AUUUUUAUUUAAAAAACAACUUAAGAAAUAGUAAUAUUCAUAUUUAAUUGAUAUUAAUAUGUUUGGCCACUUUUAGUUUUGUGAAGUAUAUCUUACAUGUGCAAUGUGGCAAGCUCACUUUAUAGGGGUGUAAAAUAUGAGAUGAUUGUUUAAAUUACCGCAGUAGAUGCCUGCAGCUUAAAUGGUUUCAUGAUCUGAACGUGAACCUACCGGUCACGUCUACGGUAAUGUUACCAGAUAUGCAUUUAUGGUGUGCAAAAAGAAAGGGGGGGGAAGAAACACACUGCUUUUUCAGCUUAAACACUGCCUGGAUCACUCUCUUAGGCUACGUCCACACGUACAUGGGUAAUUUUGAAAACGGACAUUUUCUGUCUUCGUUUAAAAAAAAGAAAAAAUCCCGUCCACGCGUAAAAGCCAAAAACGAAGGAAAACGCUGCUAGGAACAUGCCAAAGCAGCAGGUGGCGAUAUAUUCCUAACCGUGUAGAAAUGUUUGCCAAUCAGAAGUCUAGGAGCCUGGGUGGGAAAGAGUAAACAAAGAUGGCGCAUAGAAGCAGAACUGAGUCCUAUGUGUGGAGGGACAGUAACUGUGUGUUUAUAUUCUUUGGGAUCUCAAACACCAUCUUGGACAUGAUGUCUUCAUUCAGUGUGGUCGAGUUUGUGGAUGAAGUUGACUCUGAUGGCUGCAAGAAGGUAGACAUCGUUCCAUCAGAGUGGUUCCAUGAUACAGAGAGAAAAUUAUGCUGGUGGCCUCCUGCCUCAUUGGUGAAUGUGACAAAGGCUGUAAAGGAAGGAACACCACCAACCAGCAACUGGAUACUCUGCAAUGUCCGUGUCAUGGGAAAUGCAGCAACUUAUGCAAAUGCCAGGGCAAAGUUGCAUCAAGCAGAGUAUUCAUCAGACUUGACGGACAAUGAGAAUGGCAUAAGAAAAAGAAAGCCAAGUGUUAAACUGAUGAAGAAUCAACUGAGCAGCCACACUGAAUCAAGUGAGCCUUCUGAUUCAGAUGAAGAACUUCCACCCACGCCUCCAGAACAACUCCUUAAGCAACCCUCUGGAAAAAACAAUAGUGUAGUUGCCACCCCCGCUGCCCGGAGUGCCGCCAGCCCCACUUGUGGAGCCAUGUUCUCGAAAGUCCUUGCCAUUUUAGAGGAAGUGAAGGAGACUCAACUGGUUCAUAGCAAGAUGUUAAAUGCCUUGCUGAAGCAGAAAAAUGGUUCAGUUACGGCGGUCCCUGAAGGGGUUGUUUUACCUCUUAAAACCCAAGACGAUGUUGAGGCUCUUAAUGGAAAACUGGAGGACUCCAGUCUCAUGUAAAUGGCCUGUAUUUAUAUAGUGCUUUUAUGGUCCCUAAGGACCCCAAAGCGCUUUACAUAUCCAGUCAUUCACCCAU